UGGGUUCCUAACUGAUGACUGAGCCGAUAUGUUUGAAAUCUUGUUAAAGGUGGGAGUAGAGUCUGGAAUGGUCAGGCGUGUGAUGUCAUGUGUGUGUGAGAGAGGGGGGAGUUAGUGAGGGGAGAGUCAGACAGAGACAGAGAGAGAGAGAGAGAGACAGCAACAAGCAAACAAGGAGAGAAUGGCAUCUAUUGGAGACUUCGAUCCGCUUCAGGCCAGUGUCCCCGCCACCAAGAUCGAGAUCACGGUGUCCUGCAGGAACCUUCUUGAUGUGGACACCUUCUCAAAGUCAGAUCCUGUUGUUGUGCUUUUUAUUCAAGGAAUUGGCAGUAAAGAAUGGCGGGAGUAUGGAAGAACUGAAGUCAUUGAAAACUCAUUGAACCCAGAUUUUGUGCGCAAGUUCGUCCUGGAUUACUUCUUUGAAGAGAAGCAGAACCUGCGUUUUGAUGUGUACAAUGUGGACUCCAGGAGCACAAACAUUUCAAAACAUAAGGAUUUCCUUGGUCAAAUUUUUGUCACGCUGGGAGAAAUUAUUGGAUCUACGGGCAGUCGUAUUGAAAAAACAUUGACGGGCGUCCCUGGUAAAAAAUGUGGAACGCUGAUUUUGUCUGCUGAAGAACUGAGCAACUGUCGGGACAUUGCAACCAUGCAGCUGUGUGCUAAUAAGCUGGACAAAAAGGAUUUCUUUGGAAAAUCAGAUCCGUUUUUGGUCUUUUAUCGGAGCAAUGAGGAUGGGACGUUUACCAUCUGCCACAAAACUGAAGUGGUGAAGAAUACGUUGAACCCAGUCUGGCAACCAUUUACUAUUCCAGUCCGUGCACUAUGCAAUGGGGACUAUGACAGGACAGUGAAGGUGGACGUCUAUGAUUGGGAUCGAGAUGGCAGCCAUGAUUUCAUUGGGGAGUUCACCACAAGUUACAGAGAACUGUCCCGUGGUCAAAGUCAGUUCAAUGUCUAUGAGGUUUUAAAUCCAAAGAAAAGAGGGAAAAAGAAGAAGUACAUCAAUUCUGGAACAGUGACUCUUCUUUCUUUUAAAGUGGAAUCUGAUUUCACAUUUUUGGAUUACAUUAAAGGCGGAACUCAGCUAAAUUUCACCGUGGCGAUAGAUUUCACUGCAUCUAAUGGAAACCCUUCACAGCCCACUUCCCUUCACUACAUGAACCCAUAUCAGAUGAAUGCAUAUGCCAUGGCAUUAAAAGCAGUUGGAGAGAUCAUUCAGGACUACGACAGUGACAAGCUCUUUCCAGCAUUAGGAUUUGGAGCGAAGCUACCACCAGAUGGGAAAGUAUCCCAUGAAUUUCCACUGAAUGCAGAUCCUGAGAAUCCAAACUGCAAUGGAAUCGAUGGUGUUUUGGAGGGAUAUUACCAGAGUCUGCGCAGAGUACAACUUUAUGGACCAACCAACUUUGCCCCAGUCAUUAAUCAGGUUGCCAGGUGUGCAGCGCCUGUGACUGAUGGCUCUCAGUAUUUUGUACUAUUGAUUAUCACAGAUGGGGUGAUCUCAGAUAUGGUACAAACAAAAGAAGCCAUUGUUAAUGCAUCAAUCCUUCCAAUGUCAAUAAUUAUCGUUGGAGUGGGACCUGCAGAGUUUGAUGCCAUGGAGGAACUAGAUGGAGAUGAAGUUCGGAUUUCCUCUCGGGGGCGUAUUGCAGAGCGAGACAUUGUCCAGUUUGUCCCAUUCCGGGAUUAUGUCGAUCGAUCUGGAAAUCAGGUUUUGAGUAUGGCACGUCUUGCAAAGGAUGUUUUAGCAGAAAUCCCAGACCAGCUGCUCUCCUACAUGAAGUCAAGAGACAUCAAGCCACGGCCGGCACCUCCCUCGUACAUGUCUGCCUCACAACAAUCAUUCCACACGAGGAUCUGAGGAAAUCCACUCUCUCUUCGAUCAUUUAUAGACUGCUUUUAAUAUAAUUCCUAUUGGAACUUAUGUAAAUGUGUGUGCGUGUGAGUGAGAGAAAUGGACAAGCAUUGAACAUGUUUGCAUUCCACUGUCGAGACAAUGGCUAUAUUUAUUCCAGCUGCUAAUGUCAUUGUUGUGUUCAUGGUUAACUGAGUGGAGAUAAUGGAAACUUGCUGGAUGAGAUCCAUCGAUUUUGUCAGGUUUGUAGCUUUGUAUCAACUACAGGCUCUCCUGCUCACCAGUCAGACAAAAUGUCAUUAUGUGCUUUACUGGGUCCUGCCCUGAGCAGCUGAAAAUUAUCAUUCUCCCAUUCCCUAAAAGCUUGUAAAUGCACUUUCAACAUUUAUCCAGUGUGAUCUCGAUAUAUGGUUUAAUGCCAAUGGUAGCAGUGACCAUUGACAGUAACCAUUAUCACAAUGAAAGACCAGAAACUGGGUUCUGUCAUCAGUUUUUGAAGAAGAAACAAUUAAAAAUCUUAUUCUGCUGUCUUGAUAAAUUAAUAGUGACUUUGGACCUCAUGAGAUUCAUGGAUUCUGGAAAGCAGUAAAGUCUAACUUAUGACAAUGAAUAAUUCAGGUUUCCAAGCAAGUUAGUACUGACUUCAAACCUUGUAGACGAAACUUUUCCUUGUCUCUUCUGGAGGUCAACAUAAAAUGCACUAGCUGAGAUUAACAUUGUCCCUCUGCAUAGCAAUGCAACUUGAGCAUGUAUAUGCACAGGUUGAUCCAAAUAUACUGCACAUAUCGUGUGAAAGUAAUCGUUAGUCAGCACUUUCAUCCACAUUCUGUGCUAACCCACAUAUGUUGUAAUAUUUUGUAACCCCAAUACAGACUACAUGUAUCCAUGUCUCUCUGUCUGUAUAACCAACCACUGGAUGAUACAUAAAAAUAAUACUGAGCUAACUUGCCUCUGGUUUACACCUCUUGCAGAUUGUCAAGAACACUCACUCCUCAUAGUGGGAAGAUUCAAUUAUUCCUCUCUUUCCUCCAAAGUAGGAAUUAGUCCACUCCAUCACACACUUUGUUAACAUGUAUAAUAUUUAGGAUGAUGAUAACUUUAUAUCUUAAGUUCUCUCUUCUCCAAUUAGCUGCACCCUGACCCCAAGGGCAGACAGCUACCCUUCGCUCUUUAUGAAAAAACCUGAUUUAUCAAAAACCCCUGGUUAACCCUUCUCACUCUGAUGCCCUAAAUAUUAGAAUCCUAUAAGAUGCAACAUCACAGUACCACUUUUAUAAUCUCACUCCUACAUAUACAUAAGAACUGCAAAAUGCUAUCUGCCAAUAUUGUCUAACCUCAGCUUGUCUUUUCAAAGUUUCCUACAAUAGAUUCUUUGAAUUUUGGCUUCUAAACAUCCAUGGUAGAUAAAUGCUUUUAGGGUCCAUUUCUACUUCAGGACUAUAAUUCCGGGAGCAUGCCGUUUGUGAAUGGUUGCAUGUUCCUAUUCAUGGAGAUUGCAUCACACUGCUACAGAACAUUAUGGUAUGUACAGUUUGAACCUUCAGUAUUGUCCUGCUCAUAACACUGCUGUAAAUCGGAUCACAGGGUGAAAUGAAAAAUUGACCUGAUAAAAGUGAAGCAUAAGCCAAGCACUUUGUGAUGUAGAACAUCAAUAUAAUGCCAAUUCGAAGGUCAUGCCAAAUAAUAUGUGAUUUUCAUUAAGAACCUAUUAAAAGAUGUAAA